CUCGGCCUUGCGAAACGAUAGUCAUGGACUCACCGCACGAUGCGCCAUACUAUUGUAUGGCAGAUGCAAGAUGCCGUCUCUGUCGGUUCGAGUUACAGGAAGGCGACUUGGUGAUCUCGCAUAUCGGAAGUCAACGGUUUUCUAUGGAUUUGAAGCUCCGUAUGACUGAAACUGUACACGAUAGUUACGAAUGGAUCAAUCUGCAUACUUGUGCAAGACGCCGAUGCAUGAUGCAAGGUCGCCGUGUGCCAUUCUUUCAUCAUGAAUGCUUCUGCUUUCGACUUUAUGACGUAUCGGACGCCCUGGUCGCUGCUGGAGAAUGGAGUUUUGAACCGCCCGCGAGUGAGAACAGUCGACGCUCUCAUCGUAUCAAGAACAUGCUGGCCCCGAAGCUUAGAGACCAACUUAAGAUCAGACUUCCUCCCGAGACUCUAAUGACGAUUACCGGGCAUUUUGUGCGUGAAUGUGCCGCCAUCACAGCUGAGGAGCAGUCCUUAGGCACUGCGGUCUCAGAUACCGCCGUUGAUAUUACGCAAGAUGUAUACGCCAAGUAUACUGCUGUCGACGGAGUGCGAUAUGUCAAGAGCUUUUACAAUACAGCGUCGGAUUCCGGCAAUCAAGAUCAUCCCACGCUAUUGAGCAAAAAGGGUAAGUCAAUUGAUAAAAUAUGGAUUGCUAAAGAUUAUCGUGGGAUUCGGUCUGUCAUAUUCUGUGGUGUGGAUUCCCUGCUAGAAGGGCCUACACCAAUCACGAAGUCAUGGUGGAGGGUUCUUAAUACCUCGAACGAUACGAAACAGAUUGCAAUAAAGUCUGAUGGUAUCAAGUUGAGAAACAUCGCUAUCUCUGAUGAGACUAGACCGGAUGCCAGCGGCAACUAUGUUAGUUGGGCAGAUCCUUCGCACCCAGACAACAUCAUUGAUAUCAUGACACUUGAGCCAAUUGAUAUCUUCCCCGAGGGACUUAAGAUGAUGUCCUUCGACUGCAAUGCCAGUAGUACAACAGGAUACACGGCAGUGACAGGUGGAACAUCUGUUGCAAUGAUCCAUGCUCACGGGCACGGUGAUACUAGCUUCUAUGCAGACAUGGAUGCUGCUUUCCCCCGCGACUUCUUUAUCCAUAUGCCUCUAGAUGAUGGGGAAUAUGUAACUGAAAUAUGCUGAAGGCAUGGACUGGGCGCAGGGAACCGGCCCUCGGCUUGUUUCGUGUUCACGACCAAUAAAGGGCGAAAUACCCUUUUCGGAACGAGUGGUCCUCCAGAGUCUUGCUUAGAGCUUGAAAGGAUCCUUACACCUGCACAAAGUGGGACAAAGGUUUGGUUCAACGACUCGUCAUCGGUGAAAUCAAAGUCAGUCAGAUAUCUUGCAUGCGACGUGAUUGAACCGCCUUCUCAACGCCCUUUCCCAGCCUCCUUGGUGCCAAGCGCUCCGUACUUUUGGACUACGAGUACUGAGUCAUGGUUUGUCUCAUCCUGCAGUAUGGCAGGGCUUAUGAAUAUCACUCUCUACAGAGAUACGACACUUGCUCAUCGGCCCAUCAUUGGGAUUUUGAUAGAGUACGAUGGCGGUCACCGGGAGUGUUUGGGUCAAUUCCGAUUUGAUAGGACACUUGAGAAGUUGCGUCUGGAUCACGACGCAGACCUGUAUAUCGGCAGCCUCAGGACCAUAAGAUCCUAUCUCUACGUUGCGGAGAUCACUAUGUCUUCACCUGAUGCAAGUUGUAUCU